CGGCGUCGGGGGUGCUGGCGAGCCCUCAGCUCGCGGAAGGUGGCCGCCUUCGCCUUCCCGGAGGCGUCCGGCCCCACCUCCGUCACUGCCCCGCUGGACCUGGAGUACCUCUUCAGGUGCAGCGGGAAACCAGACGCCGAAGCCACGCAGAUCAAGAUCUGUGUGGCGUACCGCCGCGGUGCAACUCGCAAGGCCCGCGUUAGCCUGGAGGAGUUCCUGGAGGCGCUGCUGGAUGGAGGGCGACCUGGCACCUUCUACUUGUACAUCUAUGAAGCCAAAGUCGGCCUCCAGCAAGCCAGUCAGCAGUUCCAGGCCCUUCCCACAACAUGGCCACUGGAACAGAAACCCGACAAGGGAAAGAAGGCCAUGUAUACUGAAGGAAACACCGCCAAUGAUGAAGACACCUACAACGAAUGGAAAGUUUACCUAGAAAAGGUGUUUGCGGUGGAAGAUCAUGACGAUGACACUUACAAGGACGAUGACAUUUACAAGGACGAUGACACCUACAAUGAUGAAGACACCUACAACGAAUGGAAAGUUUACCUAGAAAAGGUGUUUGCGGUGGAAGAUCAUGACGAUGACACUUACAAGGACGAUGACACUUACAAUGACGAUGACACCUACAAUGAUGAAGACACCUACAACGAAUGGAAAGUUUACCUAGAAAAGGUGUUUGCGGUGGAAGAUCAUGACGAUGACACUUACAAGGACGAUGACAUUUACAAGGACGAUGACACUUACAAGGACGAUGACACUUACAAGGACGAUGACACUUACAAUGACGAUGACACCUACAGUGAACGGAAGGAUCUCCCGGAAAGGGUGCUUACGGUGAAAGAUAAAGACUUUGGCGAGGCGGCGCACGAGGUUGUGGGUGUCGAUGCAACAGAAGAGGAGGAAGCCUCAAAUGUUCCUGCCGCGAAAGAGGAAGAAGAAGAAGCCUCUGAUGUUGGUGACGCAGAAGAGAAAGAAGCCUCUGAUGCUCCUGCCGCAGAGGAUGAAGAAGCCUCUGAUGUCGGUGCCGCAGAGGAUGAAGAUGCCUCUGAUGUCGGUGCCGAAGGAGAGGAGAAAACCUCUGAUGUUACCGCCGCAGAGGAAGAAGAAACCUCUGAUGUUCCUGCCGCUGAAGAGGAAGAAGCCUCUGAUGAUACCGCCGCAGAGGAGGAAGAAGCCUCUGAUGUCGGUGCCGCUGAAGAGGAAGAAGCCUCUGAUGUUACCGCCGCAGAGGAGGAAGAAGCCUCUGAUGUCGAUGCCGCUGAUGAUUAA